GCGAAGGCGUGGCCCGUACGUCCCCACGUUCCAAUGACGCCAUUGGCACGCAGCACCCGGAAGUGGAGGAGAGGAGUGUACGCCGAGCUGUAUUGUGUUGGGAGGAUCCGGUAUUUACGUUCUCCUCGUGCAGCAGGCUGGUGAAAUGUAGACGUCUUCCAACCUCUUGCUGGUUGUUUCAGCUUGUUUUGCUAUAAGAUAUUUUGAGUGUAAACAACAUGAAUCGCCCCAAGGCAACUGCUGUGCGUCGGCCCAGUGCUGCUGGAAAAGCCUCAGGUCAUCCUCCUCCGGGGGAUUUCAUUGCUCUAGGCUCCAAGGGGCAAAGCAGUGAUUCCAAAGCCCCCACCAAUCUUCUGAAGCCAGCUGCGUCUGCAUUGACCUCGGAAAGGAAGCGUGAGGCCUCAUCUGCCCUAGCCAGCACUUCAGCACUGACCGGACUCACAAAACGCCCCAAACUUUCUUCCACUCCCCCUUUGAGCGCAUUGGGGCGAUUGGCUGAAGCUGCAGUAGCUGAGAAGAGGGCUAUCUCCCCAUCCAUCAAAGAGCCGUCUGUUGUCCCCAUUGAAGUCCCCCCUGCUUCAUUGCUGGAUGAUGUCGAAGCUUCAGAGCAAGAGGGAAAUGAUGACAGAAUUGAAGGGGUGCUCUGCGGAGCUGUAAAACAGUUAAAGAUGAACCGUGCCAAGCCCGACAUAACGUUGUACCUGAGCCUGAUGUAUUUGGCAAAAAUGAAACCGAACAUAUUUGCGACUGAGGGUGUGAUUGAGGCCUUGUGCAGUUUGCUGCGAAGAGAUGCCUCCAUAAAUUUUAAAGCCAAAGGAAACAGCUUGGUGUCUGUCCUAGCCUGCAAUCUCCUUAUGGCAGCUUACGAAGAAGAUGAAAACUGGCCAGAGAUCUUUGUUAAGGUAUAUAUAGAAGACUCUUUAGGAGAAAGGAUUUGGGUUGACAGCCCUCACUGCAAAACAUUUGUGGACAACAUCCAGACUGCAUUCUGCACAAAAAUGCCCCCAAAGAACAUGGCAUUACAAGGAGAAGCUGGUCGAAUAGCUGGAGACCUCAGUGCUGGCAACAGUCCUCACCCUUCUUUGACAGAGGAGGAAGACAGUCAAACAGAGCUGCUUAUUGCUGAAGAAAAGAUGAGCCCCGAGCAGGAAGGACAGCUAAUGCCACGGUAUGAAGAGCUGGCUGAAGGUGUGGAGGAAUAUGUCCUAGAUAUGUUAAGAGACCAGUUGAAUCGCCGGCAGCCCAUGGAUAAUGUCUCUAGAAAUCUCCUGCGGUUGCUUACUGCUACUUGUGGUUAUAAAGAAGUGCGACUCAUGGCAGUGCAGAGACUGGAGAUGUGGCUGCAGAACCCAAAGCUGACUCGGCCGGCCCAGGAUCUGCUUAUGUCUGUCUGCAUGAACUGUAACACACACGGGUCUGAUGACAUGGAGGUUAUUUCCAACCUGAUUAAAAUCCGCCUUAAGCCCAAAGUUCUCCUCAACCAUUACAUGCUGUCUGUGCGGGAGCUUCUGAAUGCACACAGAGAUAAUCUUGGCACGAUGGUGAAGUUUGUGAUUUUUAAUGAACUCUCGAAUGCCAGAAACCCAAACAACAUGCAAGUCUUGUACACUGUGCUGCAGCACAGCUCUGAGCAAGCACCAAAGUUUCUGGCUAUGGUUUUCCAAGACUUACUUACCAACAAAGAGGAUUAUCUCCGGGCCUCACGUGCUCUGCUGCGAGAAAUCAUCAAACAGACGAAACAUGAGAUAAAUUUCCAGGCGUUCUGCCUGGGACUAAUGCAAGAGAGGAAGGAGGCUCCGUACACUGAAAUGGAGUUUAAGGAACGCUUUGUAAUCCAUAUAACUGAUCUGCUCGCUGUGUCCAUGAUGCUGGGGAUUACUGUUCAAGUCAAAGAAGCUGGCGUUGCAUGGGACAAAGGAGAGAAAAAGAGUUUGGAGGUCCUGCGAUCAUUUCAGAACCAGAUUGCAGCAAUUCAGCGGGAUGCGGUAUGGUGGCUUCACACAGUGGUGCCAUCGAUCAGCAAGCUUUCUCCUAAAGAAUAUGUACACUGCUUACACAAAGUUCUGUUUACUGAACAACCGGAAACUUACUACAAAUGGGACAACUGGCCACCAGAAAGUGACCGCAACUUCUUCCUACGUCUGUGCUCUGAAGUUCCACUUUUAGAAGACACCUUGAUGCGUAUCCUGGUCAUUGGUCUUUCCCGUGAUCUCCCCCUUGGUCCUGCUGACGCCAUGGAGCUUGCUGAUCACUUGGUGAAAAGGGCAGCAGCGGUUCAGGCUGACGACUUGGAAGUCCUAAAAAUAGAAAGAAUUCAGCUUCUCGACGCCGUAUUAAACCUAUGUACCUACCACCAUCCUGAAAACAUUCAGCUUCCUCCAGGAUAUCAGCCCCCUAAUUUAGCCAUUUCAACACUAUACUGGAAGGCCUGGCCACUUUUACUUGUCGUAGCUGCCUUUAACCCUGAGAAUAUUGGCCUGGCUGCUUGGGAUGAAUAUCCAACAUUAAAGAUGCUUAUGGAGAUGGUUAUGACAAACAAUUACUCUUUCCCACCGUGCACUGUAACCGAUGAAGAGACGAGGACGGAGAUCAUCAACAGAGAACUGCAAAUUUCCCAAAGGGAGAAGCAAGAGAUUCUAGCAUUUGAGAGUCACUUGGCUGCGGCCUCCACCAAGCAAACUAUAAAUGAGAGUAAUAGUCUGCUCCUUUCUCAGUUAACCAGCUUGGAUCCACAGGGACCUCCACGUCGUCCACCUCCUAACGCCAUAGAGCAGGUCAAAUCGUUGAACCAGUCAUUACGUCUCGGCCAUCUCCUUUGCCGUAGCCGCAAUCCUGACUUUCUCCUGAAUAUCAUACAAAGACAGGCAUCAUCACAGUCUAUGCCUUGGUUGGCAGAUUUGGUGCAGUCUAGUGAAGGGUCCCUGGAUGUCCUACCUGUUCAGUGCCUCUGUGAAUUCCUCCUACACGAUGCUGCUGAUGAGUCUGGAUCAGGGGAAGAUGAUGAGGAGAAUGAGAGCAAGGAACAGAGAGCCAAGAAACACCAGAGACAGCAGAAACAGAGGCAGCUUCUUAGCCGUCUUCAGGAUUUGCUUUUAGGACCAAAAGCCGAUGAGCAAACAACAUGUGAAGUGUUGGACUAUUUCCUGCGACGUCUUAGCUCCCCUCAGGUCUCCUCCAGAGUCCUGGCUAUGAAGGGUCUUUCCAUGGUACUAACAUCGAGAGGUCUACAGGACGGAGAUGAGAAGGAUCAUUUAAUGGAUGAUGAUUCUUCUGACUCUGAGCUGAUUCCUGGAUAUCAGUGGCUCCUAAGGGACUUGCCCAAACUUCCGCUGUUUGACAGUGUUAAGGGAACUACAGCUGUGGCAUUACAACAGGCUAUUCAUAUGGAGACUGACUUAAGAACCAUAAGUGCCUAUCUAGUGUACCUGUCCCAGCAUGCACCAGUUGAAGACCAAGGACAACACAAUGAACUUGCCCUGGAUGUGGCUCGUCUGACAGUGGAGCGCUCCACAAUAAUGGGUCACCUGUUCUCCAAACUGUCUUACUGCUCGGAGUCCAAUGCCGUUCUGGCCGCCCUUCUCUCCAUUUUCUCGCGCUAUGUCAAACGCAUGCGAAAAAACAAGGAAGGAGAUGAGGUUUAUAGCUGGUCUGAAUCACAGGAUCAAGUUUUCCUACGUUGGAUCACAGGGGAAACGGCUACAAUGCAUAUUCUGGUUGUCCACGCCAUGGUCAUUCUGCUGACCCUUGGACCUCCUCGUGGUCCCAGUGACUUCUUUCUCUUGCUGGACAUUUGGUUUCCUGAGAAGAAGCCUCUCCCCACAGCGUUCUUAGUGGACACAUCAGAAGAGGCAUUAUUGCUUCCUGACUGGCUAAAACUCAGGAUGAUCCGCUCGGAGGUUCCUCGUCUUGUUGAUGCUGCAUUGCAAGAUUUGGAGCCACAGCAGUUGCUGCUUUUCGUCCAGUCUUUUGGGAUCCCAGUGUCCAGUAUGAGCAAACUCCUGCAAUACCUGGACCAGGCUGUAUCCCAUGAACCUCAGGCACUGGAACAAAACAUCAUGGAUAAGAAUUACAUGGCUCAUCUGGUGGAGGUUCAACAUGAGAGAGGGGCAACUGGGGGCCAAACUUUUCACAGUCUUCUGACUGCUUCAAUACCACCUAGAAGAGAUGCAGACGUAGUAAAACGAAAACCUAGCACUGAAGUACCCCAAGGACAGGUGCGGCCUAGAGGUCUCACUCAGAUCCCGGUGCUGGGACCAGAAGAUGACUUAGCUGGAAUGUUUCUGCAGCUUUUCCCCCUCAAUCCAGACCCCAGGUGGCAGAACUCCAAUCCAAGACCCAUAUCCCUAGCCCUUCAGCAUGCACUGGGUCAGGAGCUGGCUCGUAUCCGGCAGGGGAACACCCAGCUGACCGGCAUUGCUGUGCGUCUGCUGCAGGCUGUGGCCGCCCUGCUCAGCUCCCCUCACAGUGGUGCACUGGUGUUGGCCAUGAACAGAAAUCAUUUUAUUUCUUGUCCUCUUAUGAGGCAACUCUAUCAGUAUCAGCGUUGUGUACCCCAAGAUACUGCCUUCUCGUCACUAUUCUUCAAAGUGCUCAUGCAGAUGUUACAAUGGCUGGACAGUCCUGGUGUGGAGGAGGGGCCCCUUAAAGCUCAGCUCAAGUCUUUUGCCACACACUAUUCAUCAAAGCAUCGGAUCAGUGAUGUGCGUGGUGGAUUUUUGCAUUUGGCAGAAGCGUUGGCAUUUUGUCGGGAACCAGAUGUUAUCAAUUCCACACUAUGCGCUAUCAUUACUACACUGAAAUCUGGAGAUAAGUGCAAUGUGGAACCUGAACUGAUCGGCAAAGUUCUCCAAGGAUUGAUUGAAGCAAAAUCUCCCUAUUUGGAAGAGUUUCUGACUGUCCUGAUGUCUGUGACAGUAGAAACCACCUCCAGGUAUACUGCCACAGGCCCUGUUGCUGUGGUAAGUUCUCUACUACUGCAGGAGCAGGAAGAGACACCAGGGAAGAAGGGAGCUGAAAGCUGCAGCUCUGAAGCUUCUCGUGCCAAACCCUCUUCUGGUCUUCUCAUUGACUGGCUGGAUCUUCUGGAUCCUGAAGUUAUCAGCAGUUGUCCUGACCUGCAACAGCGCCUCCUAUUUUCAUGGAACAAGGUAAAGUCUCCCUCGGGGUCACAGUCUCCUUCCUUCCGACCCUACCUCCUGGCUCUUCUAACCCAUCAGUCUAACUGGAGCACUUUACACCAGUGCAUUAGCAUCUUGCUGAGCAAACAUCGAGAACAGAGGUUUGACCCAUCAGCCUCUCUUGACUUCUUAUGGGCUUGUGUUCAUAUCCCACGGAUCUGGCAAGGAAGAGACCAGCGCACUCCACAGAAGGGCCGCGAGGAGUUUGUGCUGCAGCUAAAGGCAUCUGAGCUCAUUUGCCUUGUGGACCUUAUUAUAACAGAGUCAGAAACCAGAAGCCAGGGGUCCGAAGAAACCUCCUGCCCGCUGAUCCAGUCUCGCCUGCCCCUACUUAUUAACUGUUGCCAUGGGAACCCGGAGAGCAUCAGAAAGGUUAUGGAGCAUUUAUCAAACUGUAUAAAGCGGUGGGGAAACAGUUCUUUGGGGAAGCAUUGCCGGGACUUUCUUCUGCAGCUUUAUCUGCAGCUGCCAGAGAUGAUAACUCCAGUGCCGGAAAUCUUACUGACCAGUGAAGGCACCACUGACAGCAGUACCUGUAAGAUGGACGGCCUUAUACACCGCUUCAUUACCCUUCUGGCCGACACCAGUGACUGCAAGGAGAGUCGAAUGUCAGAUGCCAAUAUGGCGUGCCGUAAGCUCGCUGUCGCACAUCCCAUCCUGCUGCUAAGACAUUUGCCAAUGAUUGCGGCUCUGCUACACGGCCGCGUGCACCUCAAUUUCCAUGAGUUUCGUCAGCAAAACCAUCUCCCCUUGUUCACUCACGUCCUGGGAAUUCUGGAGCUUCUUCAACCCCAAGUUUUUCACAGCGAGUAUCAAGAAGCCUUGUGGGACUGUCUUAUCUCGUUCAUCAAACUUUUACAGAAUUACAGGAAAUACUCCCGGCAGCUGGGCGGCUUUAUCAGUAAGUUUGUACAGUUCAUCCACAAGUACAUCACAUGUGACGCUCAGGCAGCUGUGUCUUUCCUGCAGAAACACUCGGAUCCCCUUCAUGGUUUGUCAUCUGAGAACAAUGACCUUACAACCCUCAAGUCUCUCCUUGCUGGUCUGAGCUUGCCCAACAGAGGUGGAACUCUGGAGAAGAGUCCAGAUGACGAGAAAGAAGAUGAACCUGCUGCCGGUUCCCUUCCCCUGGUUAGCGUGUCUAUGUUCACACCUUUAACUGCUGCUGAAAUGGCUCCAUACCUUAAAAGAAUCUCCCGAAGUCACACAGUAGAGGACAUCCUGCAGGUCCUGAGCGACAUAGAUGAAAUGUCCAUGCGUAGGCCUGAAAUCCUCUCCUUCUUUGCUAGUGAUUUCCAGAGGCUUAUGAGCUCCUCGGAGGAAUCGUGUCGCAAUCAGGCCUUCACCCUGGCUUUACGCGCCAUUCAGUGUAAUCCCAGUAUUGCUUCAGACUUCCUGCCUACCUUCAUGUAUUGCUUGGGCAGCCGAGAUUUCGAAGUAGUCCAGACAGCGCUAAGGAAUCUGCCCGAGUACACACUGCUCUGCCAAGAGCACGCAGCCAUACUUCUGCACCGAGCCUUCCUGGUAGGGAUGUAUGGACAGAUGGACACUAGCCCACAGAUUUCCGAAGCAUUAAAGCUCCUUCACAUGGAAGCCAUUGUGUAAAAACAGAAAUAAGACCCUUUUCAAAGUGGAUGAGAACAGUGAUGUAAUGACAGCUUAUUGUUAUGUAAUUAUUUUUUUAUAUUAAAAUAAUUUCUAACUGGAA